UGUUCAUUCAUUCCCCCCUCCCUCUCCUGCUUAUCCGCUAGUUAUCCAAUGUGCAAUACCUACCUAAGCAGCUAAGGUACCUCAGUUAGCUUCCACCUAGCCAGCAAAGUCCACUAACUCUCGAGGUCAAAGAACAUUGAAAGUCCUGGGGUGGCGCCGGAUGACCAUCGACCUCAAAUGUUGCAAGGUUUGAAAGGUUCUAAGGUUCUCGACUUUUGUCGCUUCGAUCACUAAACGUCGGGUCUAUCAUUCAUCACCGAUCACUGAGCUUCUGAUAUCGUAUAUUCCGCUUGGUUUGUAGACGCUGGUAGCGUCUUGUACCUAGCAUUCUAAAGACUGAUUCGGUACAUCUCCGUCAUCAUUCAUCGACCAUCUUCCUCGAAACGUCGUCUUCUACCGCUCUAGUUAUCAACUUACCUUCCCCGUUGUCAAAAUCCAUCAUUUCGCCUCUGCGUCGUGAGAGGCUAACAGCAUCGUUUCAUCCCUCUAUUUACAAUAGACAUAUUCUUUAUUAUUAUCCUGUUUAAUUUCCUUGGUGCAUCUAGAUUCGCUCUGGUUGCUGUGAUUGCUGCUGUUGCUGUCACUACCACCGUGUCUUGGUCACAUAAUCCUAGGGCUUUGAAAAUUACUAAGAGCUCCUAUACUAAUUUCAACUUAUACCACCACGACUUCUCAAUAUGGAUACCACAGUCGAUCUUGGUAGACGCAUUGUCCAGAUGUUCUGGGAUCCCGAGCCAACCAACGAUGUUAUCCGUGAUCAACCGGUCUGGUGCCUUGGGUCUUCCUACAAACUCAACAGCAGCUCAAGCCCCAAAUCCGACCCUUCUUCCACCUCCGCUCCAGCCCCGAAUCCAAGUUCAGCUCCCGCUCCCGCCACCGCUUCCGCGUCCGAACCGUCUCCUAAAGAUCCCAUCCAAGCUCCCUCCAGGCUACCAGAAACUCCUCCCGAUUCAACCUCUAGCAGCUUUGAUUCGUCCUUAGCCUACGACGAAGCACCCCUAGAUGGGGGCUGGCCUCCUGCUUUUCUUGAUGACUUCGAAUCCAGGAUAUGGAUGACUUAUCGAUCGGAAUUCGAUCCCAUAACCAAGUCGCAUGACCCCAAGGCAUUAUCUGCCCUAUCCUUUUCCAUGCGUCUCAAGAGCCAAUUGAGCGACCAAACCGGCUUUGCCUCGGAUAGCGGAUGGGGAUGCAUGAUUAGAUCUGGUCAGAGCCUCUUGGCCAAUGCCAUGCUUGUACAUCGUCUUGGCCGAGGGUGGCGAAGAAGUAUACCAGACCGGGAGGAGAAGAAGAUCGUAUCGCUAUUUGCGGAUGACCCACGAGCUCCAUACUCCAUACAUAACUUUGUACGCCACGGCGCCUCCGCGUGCGGGAAAUACCCCGGUGAAUGGUUUGGUCCUUCGGCAACAGCAAGGUGUAUCCAAGCCUUGACGAAUUCAACCGAAGCUACGUUGCGUGUCUACUCUACCGGGGAUGGCCCAGAUGUCUACGAAGACAACUUCAUGAAAAUCGCGAAGCCUGAUGACAAUACGUUUCAUCCGACGGUUAUACUAGUUGGUACACGAUUGGGUAUUGACAAGAUCACUCCAGUAUAUUGGGAAGCCCUCACGGCAUCUUUGCAGAUGCCGCAAUCGAUUGGCAUUGCUGGUGGACGUCCGUCUUCCUCACAUUACUUCAUCGGAGUCCAGGGUCUCCACUUCUUCUACUUAGAUCCUCAUUACACGCGACCUGCAUUACCCUAUCACGAAGAACCCGAGGAAUAUACCGAAGAAGAGCUUGAUACUUGCCACACGCGAAAACUUCGACGACUCCAUGUCAAGGAAAUGGAUCCUAGCAUGCUCAUCGGCUUUCUUAUCCGUGAUGAGGAAGACUGGAGAGACUGGCGGAGGAGUGUCAAACACGUCCAGGGUAAAGCCAUCAUUCACGUGUCAGACCACGACCCUACUGCGCAUAUGCAUGAAUCGGGGGGGCCAAUUGACGAAGUUCAGACUUUGAGCGAUGAAGACGAGGAGAUGGACAGAGCGGAAGAAUAAAUCGGUAUCAGGCGCAAUGUUUCUCGGUUUGGUGUAUCGGGGAAAUACCACUAGGUAAUAGUCCGGCGUUAAGUGUGGACCACGGUGGAUUAUGAACUAACAUUGGUGAUGUAAAUAUCAUGAAUCCUUACUAAAGGAAUUUUGGCAAGCAAUGGCAGGUUACUGCUCAGGCUCCGCUUUGGCUUGGUGGUCGUUAAGGGACAGAGACGAACGGGUGACGUUUCCUUGUCGCAACGUUCGCAACGUACUGGAUUGUUAGACGGCAUAUCGAUACAAACUUCUAGGUCAUUUGAUAACAAUCAUCUACCGCUUUUUCUUGUUGGGCUUAGACGAUGUAACGAUCUUUGUGGCCGCAUGGCCAGUUUUCUUCAAGUGUUUGAAUAGCUGUGUCCUGGACUCGAACGUGUUGUUGCAGGCUGUGCACUUCUGCCGUAGAGGUUAGCAACUGCCACUGGAGCAGAACAGCUGGCCAGAUAAAUCUAUGCGAC